AUGAUAAAAAGGAUGACAUCUGACAACGACAUCUAUUUGACGCCGCUUUCUUCACGGUAUGCCUCGAAGGAGAUGUCCCAGAUCUUCUCAAUGAGAAAUAGAUACUCUACAUGGAGAAAGCUCUGGUACAACUUGGCCAAGGCCGAGCAAUUAAUGGGCCUUGACGUGAUCACAGACGAAGCUCUCGAGCAAAUGUCUCAGCAUUUUAUCAUCACUGAUGAGGAGAUUGAUGCUGCUAAGAAAGAAGAGGCCCGUGUGAGACAUGAUGUAAUGGCCCACGUGCACGUAUUUGGAGAGACGUGUCCUGCUGCCGCCGGUAUUAUUCAUUUAGGUGCUACUUCAUGCUUUGUCACUGAUAACGCUGACCUAAUUUUCCUCAGAGAUGCUUAUGACUUGCUUAUUGAAAAGCUAGUCAACGUCAUUGAUCGUUUGGCCAAGUUUGCAUUCGAGUACAAGGAUAUGCCAACGUUAGGAUGGACGCAUUUUCAACCUGCACAAUUGACUACGGUGGGGAAAAGAGCAUGCCUUUGGUUACAGGAGUUGCUUUGGGACUUGAGAAACUUCCAGAGAGCCAGGGAUGAUAUUGGAUUACGUGGUGCCAAAGGAACUACGGGAACGCAGGCGUCGUUUCUGUCAUUGUUCCACGGCGAUGAUGCCAAAGUGGAAGCUAUGGACAAAAAAGUGGUGGAAUUGUUGGGUUUCAAGCAUGCCUAUCCUGUAACAGGUCAAACAUAUUCGAGGAAGAUCGACAUCGAUGUUUUACAUCCUUUGGCCUCUCUUGGUGCUACCUGCCAUAAGAUGGCUACAGAUAUCCGACUAUUGGCCCAUAUGAAGGAGAUGGAGGAGCCAUUCGAGAAGUCGCAGAUUGGAUCAUCAGCAAUGGCUUACAAGAGAAAUCCAAUGAGAUGCGAGCGAGUUUGCUCUCUGUCGAGACACUUGAGUGCUCUAUUUCAAGAUGCUUUUAAUACGGCUUCUGUUCAGUGGUUUGAGAGAACGUUGGAUGACAGUGCCAUUCGUCGUAUCUCCUUGCCUGAGGCCUUUCUUACUGCAGAUAUUUUGUUGAGCACGUUGAUAAACAUUACUUCAGGAUUGGUUGUUUAUCCAAAGGUUAUUGAGAAGAGAAUUAGGUCUGAGAUACCAUUCAUGGCUACGGAAAAUAUUAUUAUGGCUAUGGUGGAGAAGGGCGAAUCUAGACAGGAGUGUCAUGAACAAGUCCGUGUUCUUUCUCAACAGGCAUCAGCAGUUGUGAAGCAAGAGGGAGGAGAGAACGAUUUGAUAGAGAGGAUUAAAAGGACGGACUAUUUCAAGCCUAUCUGGGGGGAUUUAGAGAAGUUGUUAGAUCCAACUACGUUUAUUGGACGUGCACCAAGGCAGGUUGAGAAAUUCGUUGGAGAGGAUGUUAAGGAAGCAUUGAGUCCGUACAGACAGCUGAUUAACAGCGAAGAGGUCAAGUUGGCCGUUUGA